AUGUACAUAAUUAUAAACCAUAGGCAGUGUGGUGCAUACAGAAAUGACAGCGACGACAGAAAAAGUGACGGCGGACGUUUUUCUCGCGCUGGCUGUCGUGAUCGUCUCACUCGUCUAAAACGCUUCCUCUCUUUGCUCGGCAAAACUUCUUCACCACACACAUACCGACUGCGGUUGCUUAGUGCUAAAAGGAUUGCUGCCAGUUUGAACUCUACAAAGUUCGCGUUGUGUGAAUUUCAACGCAAAUCUCAUGCAUCAAGAGAGCAUCAAAAGCUGAAUUCAAACUGUUUUCGUUACCUGCUUUCCAGCAUGAUGCUAUGGUCUCUUUGCAUUGUUCUGAUGGGUACACCUGUAUUCACAAAUCGAGCCACCAAAACUGUGAGCGAAUAUCGUGCCUCUAAAACUGUGGAUAACACCAUCAACAACACGACUAAAGAAGAAUGGCAGUACUUCAGGCAGUUAAUGGCCAUCAUUCGCAGCAACACGCUGACUAAGCAACAAAGGCUUGAGAAAAUCAGGCAAUUCUCUGGUAAUCAAACAGCUGCGGAUUGGGAAAACGAUAAGAGAGAACUGUCCAAGACAAUUGACCUCUUUGAUUGGCUUUCCGCGGAAAAAAAGAGGACUCCUCCCAGGAUAAAUGAGAUUUUCGAGAAGAUUGCAAAAAUGAUGUUUGAAACAGAGUUCCACAGCAAAUCAGCGUCCGAGCAGUCAAGAGAGCUUAGAGCUAUGUCUAAAGUGGGAGAGGGCCUAAAUGCUGCAGAACUGAGGAGCCUGCGCAGCCUGCUAACUAGAUUUGAGAAGAGGAUCGACGAUUUGGGUAUGGACAAGACGUCGCUUCUAAAAACAAGAUAGGAAUUGUAUUAGAGUAAGCGGAGAGCCUGGCGUGCAAACGAACAUAUACAUCUUGACAUCAUUUUGCAUGAAUGAAUCUUCUU